AAGGAACCACGUUUUUACCGUUCUGUUCUCUCCCUGAAUUACAGUAUUUAUACCAGCAGUCCUCGGGCGACUAACCAGCUCAACCAACUGUUGCGUCUCUCUCACUCUCUCUAUCUGAAACUCAGGCUGAAGUUUGGUUGAAGAAUUGUUUCUUUCAUUGUAUUAUCGCGAGAGGAGAGCCAGUCGUCGACCCGGAGCCGGGGGUCCUGACCAGUAGCUCAGAGCAGACCAGCAGAGGAGAAGCACCCGUCCAGUCAGUCCCCAAACUCCGCUCUGGAACAAGGGACUGCUGCUCUCACCAACACACCGCAGACAUGGAGUAUCUCAAUAUCUUUUUUUUAUGUUUUUCCUGGAAACAGUUUGUUUCCAAUGCCCACUCAUCUGACAGCAAUCAACAGCCAAUUCCAACAGAGAAGUUGCUGGUCCUAACUGUUGCCACUCAGGAUACGGAUGGUUAUCUCCGAUUCAUGCAGUCAGCCAACUACUUCAACUACACUGUCAAGGUGCUGGGCAUGGGGGAGGAGUGGAGGGGUGGGGAUGUGGGGCGCUCCAUCGGAGGAGGACAGAAGGUGAGACUACUGAAGGAGGCCAUGGAGGCACUGACUCACCAAGAAGACCUGGUGGUACUGUCUGUAGACAGUUAUGAUCUUAUCUUUGCCGGGGGACCAGAGGAGAUCCUCAGGAAGUUCCAGGAGGCCAAUCACAAGGUGCUGUUUGCUGCCGAGGGUCUGAUCUGGCCUGAUAAACGCCUACAGGACAAAUAUCCCUCUGUGCGCAGCGGCAAGCGCUUCCUCAACUCAGGAGGCAUCAUCGGUUAUGCCCCGUAUGUGAACAAGAUCGUCGAGCAGUGGAACCUUCACGAGAACGAUGACGAUCAGCUAUUCUACACAAAAAUAUACCUGGACCCUUUGCAGAGGGAGACAUUGAACAUUGGCUUGGACCACAAGUCUCAGAUUUUCCAGAAUUUAAAUGGAGCAAUAGACGAAGUUCUCUUGAAGUUUGGAACGGAGAGAGUCCGAGUGAGAAACACUGUGUACGACACCCUGCCAGUGGUCGUCCAUGGCAACGCAAACACCAAAAUGUAUUUGAACUAUCUGGGAAACUACAUCCCCAACGCCUGGAAUUACGAGAGAGGCUGUGCCGUCUGUGACCACAACAUGGUGGAUUUGUCUCAGCUCAAAGAGUAUCCCACUGUUAUGGUUGGAGUGUUCAUCGAACAGCCCACUCCUUUCCUCUCCGAAUUCUUCCAGAGACUUGUGACCCUCGACUACCCCAAAGAUAAACUCAACGUCUUUGUUCAUAACAACGAGGUUUACCAUGAGAGACACAUCCAGAGGUUUUGGGAGGAGAGUAAAGAUGUGUUCAACAGCUUCAAGGUUGUGGGUCCAGAGGAGAACUUGAGCCAAGGACAGGCCAGGAACAUGGGCAUGGGACUGUGUCGUAAGGACCCAGGCUGUGACUUCUAUCUCAGUAUGGACGCUGACGUGAUGCUCACCAACAAACAGACCCUGAAAAUCCUCAUUGAGCAGAACAGGAACAUAAUUGGUCCCCUUGUCACUCGUCAUGGAAAGCUGUGGUCCAACUUCUGGGGAGCGUUGAGUCUGGAUGGUUACUAUGCCCGUUCUGAAGACUACAUCGACAUCGUGCAGAGCAAGCGUGUGGGCGUAUGGAACAUUCCUUACAUGGCUCAUAUCUACCUGAUAAAGGGAGAGGUCCUGAGGAACGAGCUGAAGGAGAGGAACCAUUUUGUUUUGGAGAAACUGGAUCCUGACAUGGCUCUGUGCAGGAACGCUAGAGAACUGACCAAUCACAGAGAAAAAGACUCCCCCAACCCGGAAACAUUCCAUAUGCUCAGAGUUCCAAAGGGAAUGUUCAUGUACAUUACAAACCGUCAUGAGUUUGGAAGGCUAAUUUCCACAGCUAACUUUAACACAUCACAUUACAACAGUGAUCUGUGGCAAAUAUUUGAGAAUCCGAUGGACUGGAAGGAGAAGUAUAUCCACCCCAACUACACACGCAUCUUCACAGAGAACUACCUAGAAGAGCCGUGUCCAGAUGUGUUCUGGUUCCCGGUCUUCACGGAGCGGGCCUGUGAUGAGCUGGUGGAGGAGAUGGAAAACUACGGGUCAUGGUCAGGAGGCAACCAUGAGGACAAGCGGAUCACCGGCGGAUAUGAGACCGUGCCGACUGAUGACAUCCACAUGAAGCAGAUCGGUUACGAUAAGGAGUGGCUACACUUCAUCAGAGAGUUCAUAUCCCCCGUCACUCUCAAAGUCUUCUCCGGAUACUACACCAAGGGCUAUGCAGUGAUGAACUUUGUAGUGAAGUACACCCCUGGCAGACAGGCCUACCUGAGACCCCAUCACGACUCCUCCACAUUCACCAUCAACGUUGCUCUCAACAGCAAAGGAACUGACUUCCAGGGUGGAGGCUGUCGGUUCCACAGGUAUAACUGCUCACUAGAUUCUCCCAGGAAGGGGUGGAGCUUCAUGCACCCAGGACGUCUGACGCACCUCCAUGAAGGCCUGCCCACCACCAACGGAACACGGUACAUCGCUGUCUCCUUCAUCGACCCUUGAACCUUACCCUCUACACUAGCAUAGGAUUUUAUCAGGUUUUAUUUGUCUUCGUUGUUGUUAAUUUGAUCCGUUUUGUUUGGUCUGAAUAUGAUGCAGUGCCUUACUGAUGUUGUGCUCAUGACAUUUUACUGAUGCAAUUUACUGUCCCAAAAUAAAGCCUUUUUUUUUUUUUUUUUUUUUUUUUUACAAGGGUAAGGUUUUGCCAGAGUCAGACGAUCCCCUUCAUUUGAAACUCUCUGUCAAACAGAGUGUGGUGCCUUAAGGGACACGAUGACUGUUAUUCCCCAUCAGCGUUUCAGGUCAAAUUUAGUGGAACCUUCAUUCUUCAAAUCACUCAAAGUGUAAUAAUCCUAAUCAAUUAGUCAGUAAUCCCACCCAUAAUCUAAAGGAAAUGUGUGUUAAGGAUUAUUCUGCCAAAAGGUAUCUCGUUUUAGCCAUUUUAGCUUGGUUACCUGUUUGUAUGGUUAACCUUUAGUAAAAAGUGUAGUUUUAAAACCAUUGUCCAUCCAUGUUCUAUUCACCCCUUUUAAGAACGUUGGAUUGCAGUUUGUUACCUGAUGUUAAUACGACCUACAUGCCCAAGGAAAUAAAUAUAUUUUUGCACACCAGAUAAAGAAAUUCAACUCUGGUUGAAAGAAGUUGGAUAUUGUCAAAUUGUUUUACUUGAAAUGUUUUUUACAUCGCAGGACAAUAUGCCUUUGCUGGCAUUUCGUUUCUGAACUGAAAACAUUUAGGAGAUGUUUACUUUCUCUGAAACUUGUUUUUGAAUGAACUUUGAACCUUAGCCAGUUCAAGUGCUUAACUUAUUGUGAAAUCGAUGGAACCGUAAUAAAAGUUGUUAAAAAACAAA